AGCAUCUGUUGAAUAGCUCUCAACCUCUGUGUUCUGUCUCUAUUUUGGGGGCUUUAAUCACAGUUAUGGUUUUCAGCUACAUUUUUUAAAAUCAUCUGUGGCUUUCAGCUCGUUCGAGCCGAGAAAAUGCUCGAUGAAACUCACUUUGGUUCCACGCAGAUGGUUGUGGUUCGGCAGUAAAAAGAUAAUCGGUACCUUGAAAACAAUCAAAAAAGGUUUCAAGCAGUUUGGUUUCAGUUCAGAGCUAAAUACUCAACGUUUAGUGACUACAUAAAUGAUGCAAAAAAAAGCCUGAUAGGAAUGAUGACAUUCACCCCUGACAUGCAGAAGAAGGGCUUGAUGGCCACACGUGACUUUGUGGUUGAAGGGGAACUGUAUAAGUCGGUGAUGGGGCUCAGACAAGCCAAAGAAACAGCUUGGUGACUGCAAGGUUGCUCCUUUACCUCUAGACCAGAAAAAAAGACAAAAUGGAUGAGUCAACCACCUUCAUGUCAACAUCGGAAUAUCCAUAUGAAAGUGAAACCACCCCUGGUGACUACGACUACACCGGAGACACGGGCAUGUGCCAGAAGAGCUGGGUCAGGGACUUUCGAGGCCACUACGAGCCCCCUCUGUUCUGGAUCAUCUUCAUCCUGGGUGCAGUGGGUAACAUAAUGGUGGUCUGGAUUUACACGACUGUACGCAACCGUCUGAAGACAAUGACUGACGUGUACCUGCUGAACCUGGCCGUGGCCGACCUCCUCUUCCUCUGCAUGCUGCCCUUUUGGGCCGUCGAUGCUAUAAAGGGCUGGCACUUUGGCCUUCCUCUGUGUAAAAUAGUCUCUGCUGUCUAUAAGAUCAACUUCUUCAGCAGCAUGCUCCUUCUCACCUGCAUUAGUAUAGACCGAUACAUCGCCAUUGUGCAGGUCACCAAAGCUCAGAACCUGAAGAAGAAGAGGCUGUUUUAUAGCAAGCUUGCAUGCAUCGGCGUCUGGCUUUUCUCCACUCUGCUGGCCCUCCCCGAGUUCAUCUUUGCUCAGGUGAAGACGGAUGGAAACCUGUCAAAUUGUGCACUGGUCUACUGGGAUAAUGCGUUCAACCGCACCAAGAUCCUGGUGCUCUCCAUGCAGAUUUGCAUGGGUUUUUGUUUCCCCCUUCUGAUCAUGUUCUCCUGCUACUCCGUCAUCAUCCGCAACCUCCUGCAGGCCAGGAACUUUGAGAAGCACAAAGCCCUGCGCGUCAUCUUUGCUGUGGUGUUUGUGUUCAUCCUCUCCCAGCUGCCCUAUAACACCACGCUGAUCAUGGAGGCGGUGCAGGCCGCUAACCCCAACAUCACAGACUGCGCGACUGUCACCCAUUUCGACAUCGCUGGACAGGUGACGAGGAGCCUGGCGUUCACCCACGCCUGCCUCAACCCGUUUCUCUACGUCUUCAUCGGCGUUCGGUUCAGGGAGGACCUGUUCAAGAUGGUUAGAGCGCGGGUUGGCGGCUUGGGCAAAAGUGGGAUCAGCAAGACGCCAGCAGUCCAGUCACGGCCCUCUGGCAUGUCAGAUACCGAUACCACUCCUGCUCUUUCCAUUUAGAGUCUCAACUUCAGAGUUGAGUCCAGCCCUAUUCAUCAUCUUCAUCUCCAAACCAGCAGGUUAUCAUCACACCAAAGAUUUCUCGCCAGUUUACAGUUAUUUCAUUUUUAUUCCGACGCUUCUGUAAAAACUGUAAAUUCCUGUAAAUGAUGUUUUUUUUACGUGUUUUGUAUUUCCAGUUUUUCAUUGUGUGUGCUGCUGUACAUCAUAGUGAGCAUUAAACAAACAGAGAAAACUGC